AGGCUAAUUAUGUUUUCACUUUAAAUGCAGCUUGCAAACCAACUCACAAUCAAAGAGAAGUAGACGCCAUAACCACUUCAACAUCUAAGUCAUUGAAUUAAAAGACCCCAGCUUUCCUCUUAAGUCAAUGAAGAUCACAGAUUUUCUUCUCUUUUACUCUAUGUUUCCUUCAACGUGUUCUAUUUUGAAGAUUCUGUUAUAGAAUUUUUACUUUUAUGUGCAUGCAAAUGCAGCCUGGUAAGAGUCCCAAGUUUGAGGAUUGAAAGCUGAAGAAUUUGGAGUUGGGUGCUGAUGUAUUGAUUCUGGGCUAAAUAUAGACAAAACCUGAGCGCAGAUAAGAAGAGAAAAAAAUAGGUGAUAUUUGCAAAUGUUCCAAACCCAAACCUGAGAGAAAGAUAAAAAAUUCCAUGAAAAAGACCAUGCAACGUGAAUUCAAAUUCUCAAUCUCAAGACAAUGAUUGCAACUGCCUAAAAGUUGGGUGGUCCUUACAUUUUAUAGAAGCCCAACAGAACCUUCAUUGUCAAACCAUUUGAAUUGUGAUGGCCCAGAUUGACUAGAGAUGAUCAGCUGAUAGGGAGCCGAAGUAAAGAGGCUAAUAUCGUUGAUAUUAGUCUCAUUGUAUUGAAUUUUCUAUUCAUGGUAUUACUUCUACCAUUGUUUUGAGAGGAGAGCUGAGAGAUGGGGGUGGAUGGUGGAGAGGAGCAAAUGCAAGAGCCAGCAGGCUGUGAGGAGAGAAUUUUUGUUUCUGUUCGUUUGCGCCCUCUCAGUGAGAAUGAAAUUGCCAGGCAUGAUGUGUCAGACUGGGAAUGCAUCAGUGAUAACACUAUCAUAUACCGGAACAGCCUUUCGGUUUCAGAGAGAUCUAUGUACCCAACUGCCUGUACAUUUGACACAGUUUUUAGCUCUGAUUGCCCCAAUAGGCAAGUGUAUGAAGCAGGAGCAAAGGAAGUUGCUCUUUCAGUUGUCAGUGGUAUAAACUCAAGUGUUUUUGCUUAUGGACAAACAAGCAGCGGAAAGACAUAUACGAUGAUUGGAAUUACGGAGUAUGCCAUGGCAGAUAUAUAUGACUACGUACAGAGGCACAAGGAAAGAGAGUUUAUCCUGAAGUUCUCUGCUAUGGAGAUUUACAAUGAAUCUGUCAGGGACCUACUGAGUGCAGACAACACUCCCCUCAGGCUUCUAGAUGAUCCAGAAAGAGGUACCGUUGUUGAGAAACUCACAGAAGAAACUCUGUGGGACUGGAAUCAUUUUAAAGAGCUUCUAUCUGUGUGUGAAGCUCAAAGACAAAUAGGAGAGACUUCUCUGAAUGAGACAAGCUCUAGAUCCCAUCAAAUUUUGAGAGUGACGAUAGAAAGUUCUGCACGAGAAUUUUUAGGCAAUGACAAAUCAAGCACCCUUGCGGCCACUGUGAACUUUGUUGAUCUCGCAGGAAGUGAGCGUGCAUCUCAGACAUUAUCAGCCGGUGCAAGGUUGAAAGAAGGUUGCCAUAUAAAUCGCAGUUUAUUGACACUUGGAACUGUUAUCCGUAAGCUGAGCAAAGGGAGAAAUGGACACAUUCCUUUCAGAGAUUCAAAGCUGACCCGUAUACUUCAGUCUUCCCUCGGAGGCAAUGCUAGAAUUGCUAUCAUUUGUACCAUGAGUCCGGCACGAACCCAUGUUGAACAAUCAAGAAACACCCUCUUGUUUGCAAAUUGUGCCAAAGAAGUGACUACCAAUGCACAAGUCAAUGUGGUCAUGUCUGAUAAAGCAUUACUGAAGGAAUUGCAAAGAGAAUUGAUUAGAUUACAGAACGAGUUGAGAAGUGCAGGAACAGGUUCUAUUUCCUCUGAUUCUGCUGUGUUGCUAAGAGAGAAAGACCUUGAGAUUGAAAAGCUAAAGAAAGAGGUGACCAUACUGACUCAGCAAAGAGACCUUGCUUGGUCUGAGCUUGAGGAUCUGCGACAAGUGAUUAACGAUGAAAGACCAGUGAAAAUAUGGGCAGGUCCAGACCCUCAGUACCCUAAACUGCGAGUGCGAAGUUCAUGGGACUUUGAAAAUUCAACCUGCACCCCUUCAGAUAGACAAAGCUGCAGUUCUGAAGAGAGCUUCCUCCAGCUUCCUGACUUCAAACUGAAUAUACCGCAACUCAGUUCCUCCUCACAGCCGUCACCUAGAGUUCCUAAUUUUAUCGGAUGUAAUCUACGCCAGGAGGAAAAUGGUGAACAUGUUGAUGAAAAUUCAGAGGCACUUUGCAAGGAAGUUCGUUGCAUUGACUCAGGAAGGUCAAGUAUGAAUAGAUAUUCAGACUCAAGUUUGUCAGGGUCUAGCCCAAAGAUUUAUCAAAAUUAUAAUAUGUUAUCUCCGAGGGAAAAAGCAGCUAUUUCAGGACUGAUGGAUGUUGGCAAUGAAGACAGAUCAAAGCGAGAAUCCAGGUCAUACCACUUGGAAAAUAACAGCAACCAUCCAGAUAUUGCUAUUCCAUCUGCUGAAAAACCAUAUUUACGUCAGUUGAAUGAAGAAAUAUCUAGCUGUAGAAGCUUGAAAUUAACUAGGAGUAGAAGUUGUACAGCGAGUCUGAUAACUGGUUUGACCUCCCCGUGGAUUGAGAGGGUAGUAAAGGAUGAGAACACACCUCCCAUAGGGAAUGAGAAAGAUUUCACUGGAAGACCAGACAGUUUCCAGAGAAAACUUUCUGCAAUGAAGUAUGAUCUUCAGAACGAGGGCUUGUCUAGAAAUGGAUCUCAAAGUUCUUCAGCAAGUGCUGCUGGUAUUGAGCUUAAGGCACUGAAUAUCCCAAUUCCAGUGGAACACAAUAAGGCUGGUUUCUGCACUUCAAUUGGAGUAACAGAAGAUAUGUCUAAUCUUAAGUAUGAGAAGCAACUUGCUGAUCAUUCGGUACAGGUGACGGAGCCCAUUUUACAUGGCAAGACCGUUAAAGACGUUGGCUUGGACCCAAUAUCAGAUAAUUGUGGAAGCCCUUCAGCAUGGCCUUCAGAAUUUAAGAGGCUUCAAAGGGAGAUCAUUGAACUUUGGCAUGCUUGCAAUGUGUCAUUGGUCCACAGGACCUACUUCUUUCUGCUAUUUAAGGGUGAUCCAAAAGAUUUUAUAUACAUGGAGGUGGAACACAGGAGGCUGUCCUUCCUUAAGAACGUAUUUUCCCAUGGCAAUCAAACGGUGGAAAAUGGACGAGUCCUUUCCCCUGCUUCAAGCAUGAAGGCUCUCCGCCGUGAAAGGCAUAUGAUGAGUCAGCGGAUGCACAAGAGACUCUCCAAAGUAGAAAGAGAGAACCUCUUCCUUAAAUGGGGCAUCGGGUUGAACACGAAGCAUAGGAGUUUGCAGUUGGCUCACCGCUUGUGGAUUGACCCUAAAGACAUGGACCACAUUGCUGAGAGUGCUGCCACUGUUGCAAAGCUGGUUGGCUUUGUAGAUCCAGAGAAGACUUUUAAGGAAAUGUUUGGGCUCAACUUUACACCAGGACAACGCAUACACAAGAGACAAUAUGGUCUGAAACGCAGUGUCAUGUCUAUCUUGUAGUGGUUAUUAUAUAUAUGAUAGUUUAUACAGUUGAAUUUCAUAUUGACAUAUACAUUUGCAAGACUUCAAUUUUUUACAGAUUAUGGUUUUGAAUUUUCUGAUUCUGAUUUUACUGUAAUGCAAGAGUCUCAUCUCAAGCCACAAACGACAUACAAUCCUUUUCUUUGUGUUGCGGAUAUAGGUGAGGAAUGAUAAAAGAGUCUUUUAUGAUUUUUACCAAAAUGGUAAGUUAAACAUGGUAAGUAAUCAUUUUCUUCAUUCUAAAAGUAAAAACAAAAAACCCAAAGCUGAAAAACUACAGUGAAUGAUAUUUACUUU